AUGUCUUCUGCAGCACCUACCAUCGUCUUCCUAACCGCCGAGGAUCUCGAGAAGAUGCUCGUUUGCAUCAAGUCCGAUACCCUCAAGGAGAAGCUCUCUGCUAUCAACAACCCCCACGGUGCCACUCUCACGACCGCCAGCCUCAAUUCUACGCAACGUCUUCUCGACGUGUUCGAGGGCGAUGCAAAGAAGUUGCUCUCCCUCUACCUCAAGGACCCAACUCAAUCCGUCAACUUCAACGAUAUCAAGUCCAUCCCUCUGAAGCGUGGUCAACGCAGAGAAGUCCACAACCUCAUCCGUCAAGUUUCAAAGGACAAACUCGACUCUGAUCUCGACAGCGAAACCUCUCGCAUUCAAGUUUUUGUCAGAAAUACUGCAAUUCAGAACCACAAUCAGGAGAAGCAACGCCAGCACAAGCCUCAGCAGAAGCCUCAGCAAAAGGCUCAGCAAAAGGCUCAGCAGAACACUCAGCAGAACACUCAACAGAACAGACCAUCUGCCAGAGCAGCUCCGUACCGCAACACCAAGAACAACCGCAAGGCUGCUUCUCGCAACAAGUUGGCCACCAGAGGUGUUGCUGCCACUCGUACACCAGCUUCAAUCCACAUGACUGUUGAGCAGUUGGCCCAAAAGUUCGCCUCCAAGGAACAGUCUACUCAGUCCACGACACAGAGCGAAUCUACUCAAACUCCUGCACCAAACGAAACCACUCAACCCACAGCAGAAACCGAAGCCGCCCCGGUCGAGGCUCAUCCUGAGCAUGUCGAUGCACCUCUCGUCGAAUUCAGAACCAUUGAGCUCCACAACGCUCGUGUUCAUGAAACUUUCAAGCUUCGUGUUCCCAAGAACAAGGAGCCUGAAUUGAGUGCUGAGGAGAUUGCUGAGCGUGCAGAGGCCAGAAAGAAUGUGGUUCCUCCUCACAUGCGUGGUGCUGCAUCUGAGAUCCAGGAAGAGGAUGAGAUAGAGUGGUAG